CUUCUUAUUUGCCGAAGAAGAAGCAUACGUUGAAGUUGUUGAGAAAUCAAAUCAACAUAAUCGUGUAUUAAAAAUUGACAAUUUUAAAUAUUUAUUAAUAAAAUAUUUAAUUUAAAACAAUUGCCGCCAUAUGGAAUAAAUAUUUGUUUAAGGUUUAAUAAUUCUGAUUGCAUCAAACAUUUUGUAAACGCAAAUUGGAUACAACAUGUCAGACGAUCAAAAUCGUGGUCGUCGCCGUCCUUCGCGUGAGUAUCAUUCAUCGGAGGCUAGCAGUUCUUCACGUCGUCCUCGCGAACCUUCAUACACAGAAGAACCGAGACCAAAAAUUUACAAAAGAGAAAGAGAUUCCACAGAAGAUCGCUCUAGAUUAAGUUCCGUUAAACGUGAACCGCGUGAUUCACCCGAAGAUCAUUCACGAUCAUCGUCACAGAAACGUGAAUAUGAUGAGAGACGAGAUCGACGGGAUGAAAGACCAACAACCUCACAAGCAGCCUUUAGAGAAGCUGUUCCACCCUUAGCUAGUAGAGCAGGCGGUGAAUAUCGUGGAGGUCUCGAUGAACGUGGAGGUGCCGAUGAACGUGGAGGUGUCGAUCAACGUGGAGGUGGCGAUCAACGUAGAGAUCGCAAUAAUCGCUAUGAAGUUUCAUUAGUUCAUACAAAACCAUCAGAUGUUGUUAGCAAAGUUGGUGUUCAGGGCACAAGAGUUGUACUGCAAACAAAUUAUUUCCGUUUGAAAACUACACCCACCUGGAGAUUAUAUCAAUAUCAUGUUAGUUUUUCACCCACCAUCGAAUUGAAACGUUUAAAGAGUGGCAUUCUAUCAGAGCAUCGUUCCAAAUUGGGUGGCUAUCUAUAUGAUGGCACAAAACUAUUCACCACCAUUAAACUACGUGAAGAACAAACUAUUUUACACACAAAAUCCCGGCAGGGAGAAAAUUAUGUUAUAACAAUCAAAUAUGUAGGUCUCAUUUCCAUGACAGAAUGGCAAUCGUUGCAAAUUUUAAAUUUAAUUCUAAGACGUUCUAUGGAGGGGUUAAAACUGCAAUUAGUGGGACGUAAUUUUUAUGAUCCCAUAGCCAAGAUUGACAUACGUGAGCAUCAUAUGCAGCUCUGGCCGGGCUAUCAAACUUCUAUACGUCAGCAUGAAAAGGAUAUUUUAUUAUGUGCCGAAAUUGCCCACAAAGUAAUGCGCACUGAAACUGUUUAUGACAUUUUCAAGCGUUGUUUCGAUCGCAGUUCAGGUGACUUUCGGGAAGACUUUAAACGUCAUGUUAUUGGUUUAACGGUUUUAACCGAUUACAACAAUAAAACAUAUCGCAUUAAUGAUAUUGAUUUCCAAAAGACACCCAAAGAAACAUUUAGUAUGAAAGGUGAAUGUGUCUCAUUUCUCGAUUAUUAUUACAAAAGAUAUAAUUUACGCAUUAAAGAUCCGGGACAACCUUUACUGCUGUCUAAAUCAAAAGAACGUUCAGUGCGUGGUGGCGAGAAAGAGGUGGUUAUUUUAAUUCCAGAAUUGUGUCGUGCCACAGGUUUAGAUGAUAGUAUGCGCAAUAAUUUCCGUCUCAUGCGUGCUUUAGCCGAUCAUACGCGCAUGAAUCCAGAUCGUCGUAUUGAUCGUUUGAAAAUAUUCAAUAGACGUUUGCAACAAACCGAGGAUAGUGUUAAAAUUUUAAAUGAAUGGAAUAUGCAAUUGGAUGAUCGUUUAGUUGAGGUUGAGGGUCGUAUAUUGGAUCAACAAAAAAUCGUUUUUCGUGAUCAUAGAAAGGAACCUUCUGGUGAACAAGCUGACUGGACUAGACAUUGCCGCAUAGGCAUGUUUACUACACCUUCACGCGGUUUAAAUCGUUGGUGUGUUAUUGCUACCUCACGCAAUGCUCGCGAAUUGCGCAAUUUUGUGGAAUCUUUACUGCGUGCCGCGAAUGGCAUGCAAAUGCAAAUGGAAAGACCAAGAGAAGUUAUUAUAUACGAUGAUCGCACCCACAGUUACAUACAAGCCAUGGAAGAUUGUUGCCGUCAAGAUCCACAAUUAAUUAUGUGCCUGGUGCCAAACAAUAUGGCUGAAAGAUAUGCCUCCAUUAAAAAGAAAAGUUGCCUCGAACGCAGCGUACCCACUCAGGUUAUAACACAAAAAUCCGCCAGUAAUCCUAAAGGUCUUAUGAGCAUUGCCACCAAAGUCGCCAUACAAAUCAAUUGUAAAUUAGGCUACACACCCUGGAUGAUUGAUAUACCGCUAAAAGGUUUAAUGACUAUCGGUUAUGAUGUGGCAAAAAGUUCAAGAGAUCGUUCUAAAGCAUUUGGUGCCUUAGUAGCCACCAUGGAUUUAAAAUCAAAUGCCACAUUCUAUAGUACAGUAGCCGAGUGUAGUUCACAUGAUGUUUUAGCCAAUAGCUUGUGGCCCAUGAUGACAAAAGCAUUGCGUCAAUACAAAAAAGAACAUGAUGCCUUACCCAAUCGUAUACUUUUCUAUCGUGAUGGUGUCAGUGAGGGUUCUUUGAAACAAUUGUACGAACAUGAAGUUAAAGAUAUUGUGGAGAAAUUAGAACAAGAGUACAAGAGAGCUAAAGCUGAAAAACCGCCCAUGUUUGCCUAUGUUGUAGUAACGAAAUCAAUAAAUACCCGCCUAUUUGCACGUGGUCACAAUCCUCCACCCGGUACUGUGGUGGAUGAUGUAGUUACUCUACCCGAGCGUUAUGAUUUCUAUUUAGUUUCACAAUCAGUACGUCAGGGUACUGUCUCGCCCACUAGUUAUAAUGUAGUCUAUAGUACCAUACGUUUGAAACCAGAUCAAAUGCAAUUGUUAACCUAUAAAAUGACACAUUUGUAUUAUAAUUGGUCGGGUACUACGCGAGUACCGGCUGUGUGUCAAUAUGCCAAAAAAUUGGCCACUUUAGUGGGUUCCAGUCUCUUCCAACCACCACAGAAUGCUUUAGAAAAGAAACUUUAUUAUUUGUAAGAAAUUCGUUUCUUUCUUUCUUUUUUUUGUCGUUUAGUUUUAGUUUUUAUUAAAAAUAAGUUAAGUUUCUUAUAUUUUAGUUUAUUUUAGUGUUUAAAACAAACCGUUUU